AUGGACAAAAUUUUUCCUAAAGAUACCAUUAAGAAUACGGCUGAUUCGAUCGGAAUCACAAAUCUUAAAGACAACGCAGCGGCUGCCUUAGCCCUUGAUGCCGAGUAUAGAAUUCACGAAAUUAUACAGGAAGCCAAUAAGUUUAUGCGUCACUCGAAACGUACAAAACUUACUGGAGAGGACAUAAAUAAUGCUCUUCGCGUUGUUAAUGUAGAUGUAACAGGUCAACAAGAAUUGUUAUUUAUGGAUGAUGAUGAGUAUGAAUUUGAAAACCUUAUUACCUCUCCUAUGCCAAAAUUACCCGCGGAAGUCACGUAUACUGCCCACUGGCUUGCUGUAGAAGGUGUCCAGCCAGCAAUACCUCAUAAUCCUCCCCCACCUAUUGAAGAAAGUAGUCGUAAAAAGGCUCCUUCAAAUGCCAUUGUUCAAGUUCCUAAUGGUGUGGUGACUGGCACACCUGAUAUUGAACUUAAACCUUUAGUUCAACAUGUAAUCUCUCAAGAAUUGAAGGUGUUUUAUGAUAAGGUCACAAAGACCAUAAAAGGGGGUGAUAGUAAAAUGAAAGUAUCUGUUCUCUAUAGUCUUCAACAUGAUACCGGGUUAGCACAGCUACUUCCAUAUUUUGUACGAUUUAUUUGUGAACAGAUUGGACAAAAUAUUAAAAAAAAUACUGUAUUAGAGUCAAUAUUGGAAAUGACUGAUGCAUUAAUAAAUAAUACUAGUCUUCGCCUAGAACCUUAUAAAUUUGGUCUCGAUCCUGAAUAUCAUUGGAGAAUACGCGAUUCAGCCGCGCGCGUACUUGCCAAAAUAUGUGAUCGAUUUGGAUUGGAAUAUAAUACUUUACAACCAAGAGUUAUUAAGACGUUAUUGUCCGCUUUAAUUGAUCAAACAAAAACUCUAAGUACACAUUAUGGUUGUAUAGUGGCACUGGGUGCAUUGGGACGUGAAGUUAUAAAGACCAUCUUGGUACCAAAUCUUAAAACAUAUUCAGAAAUAUUAGAACAGCGUAAAAAACUUGAUAAAAAUAAAGCAGAACGUUGUGAAAAUGCUAUUAUGGAUAUACUACCAAAAUUAAAAGGAAGUAGUAUUCCAAUGGACGAAUCACAGAUGUCAGAUGAGGAAUUGCAACAAAAAUUAGAAGACAAAAUUGGAGCUCAAUUUGCGAAGCAAGUAAUGGAUAAAAUUGAGGAUAAAGAAGUUAUAAUGGCUAUACUUAAUUGUUAG